CUUAAGUUUUGAUGAAAAAAUAUGCCUGUACCUGUCUUUAUUAAGUAGUCAGAACUAAACAAGCGGCCAUAACACACCAGCCGCCCCACUUCAUCUGUAUGGUCUGGUUUGUUUUGGCAGUCUCUUAUUUUCCGGUGAUAACUGGCGAGCGGGGAACUACCGGGAAGCAUUCAGGGCUAGACUGUCAUUCUCAGGUCAGUGUGCACCCCACCGAUUCUGCUGACAGCACUGUUCCCACCAUGAGAUAAUGCCAUUCCAGAGAGAUCCACUUGUAAGCCUCUCUUUCUGCAGCACAGGUAUAUAACCAGCAGCUUGCCUUCACUGGGAACGGCACACAUCAUUGGGAUCUUUGUCUACUGUACCGGCCUCUAUCAGCCUCCUCAUAACUGCCUUCGGUCCUCAUCUUCUCCUUAAAAACUUUCCUCGACGUCGGGUGCAAAUAGUCACAAUCGGGUUGAAACUUGCCAGUCUACGCCAAGCCUGACAUUAUGGAUAUUGCCAUCCAACACCCCUGGUUUAGACGCACCCUGAGCUACCCCACUCGCCUCUUCGACCAGUUGUUUGGAGAAGGCCUGUUCGACUACGACCUCUUUCCCUUCGCUGCCUCAACCGUCAGCCCUUACUAUCGACACUCACUCCUCCGCAGCUUCCUGGACUCCUCCAACUCAGGCAUCUCUGAGGUGAGGUCUGACAGAGACAAAUUCACAGUGUUCCUGGAUGUGAAACACUUCUCUCCCGAUGAGCUCAGCGUGAAGGUGACGGAGGACUACGUGGAGAUCCAGGGCAGGCACGGAGAAAGACAGGAUGAUCACGGCUACAUCUCCCGUGAGUUCCGGCGCCGUUACCGCCUGCCUUCUAACGUGGACCAGUCUGCUAUCACCUGCACGCUGUCUGCUGACGGCCUGCUCACUCUUUGUGGACCCAAGACCGGUGGGAUCGAGUCUGGCCGCGGAGAUCGCACCAUCCCUGUUACCCGGGAGGACAAGACCAACUCAGGCUCCUCCUCCUAGACAGGUCACUGCCCACAGCCAGGUGGCUGAGUGGGGCUCACGGGGGGCUUUCAUUUCAGAGCGCAUCUAAAGGUGGAUUUAAGCAAAUCCUCUAUUUGUUUAUGAUAAAAAAAACAAGCCCUUCCUCCCACUUCCACUUCAAAGGGUGUCAGUGUAUAUCUGACCUAAUACCUUCUUUCAUUAGACUACGCUAGCUAAUAAUCUCCAUAAUCCACUAUGAUUGUUUUCAUUUUACAUGACACGCAGGAAACGGAUCAGGAUGAUUGGCCGGGGGUCUUAUUUCUUAAUCAAGCCUCUGCGUUCCUCUCUAGUCAGACGAUGAAUCCCAAACGGUCACUGCUCCGAUUUUAACCAUCCCGGUGAUAUAAUCCUGAUGUAAAAGUAUAAUCCUUUAUAUAACGGAGUCAGUCGGAGAAGUAAAUGCUCCGAGAGAUGUUGGAGAGCUUGGUUAAAACUUGAUCUAUUUGAAAAUAUCUGAUCCAAGGGAGAUCCCAUCACCUGUAAGACCUUGGCCUGUGUCAUGAGCUCUUUUCUAGAUUUCUCUUGUCAUCGACUCUUUCCUGUCUUGUAGGUUUUAGCCCUGUUCUACUCAUUACCGACUCCUCAGGGGUCUACUAAAAAGCGAUGAAAAAAUAAAG